CUCAUCUCUAGCCCUAAUGCUGACUCUAACAUUAACCCUGACCCUUAUGUUAAUGCAGACCAUAACACCAACUGCACCCCAGCUCCAGGCUGCAGCAGCACCCUGGGGUUCCCCUCUGAACUCCAGCCAGGGCUGAGCUCACCCCAGCAAAGCUGUGAUGAGUCCAGUGAGUCCACAGCAUUCCUGGGCUACCCUUCCCAGUAGCCCCAGCCCCACUGGUGAGCAGAACCCCCGCACAGACCCCAAAGUCAUCUUUUCUCCCAAAAGACUUUCCCAGGCUUAGCUAGUGCACGGGAUUAGCCUCAUCCUGCAUCUCUGCGUGCCGGGGAGCCCCAGAGCCAGGACUGGCCGUGUGGUGAGCCCGGCACCGCCAGUACCACUGUAAGUACCGUGACAGCCACUGCCUGGCCCCGAUAUCUGCUGGCCCUGGGACAUGAAAGGCCCCAAAGCCUCUGAUGUGCAGAGAGGGAAAGGAACGGAAGGGAAGGGAAGGGAGAGGCUAGAGCCAGUGCCAAGGGGAAACUUUCCUACAGCUCGGCCUCAGGCAGGGGAAAAACCAACAAACACAUGGGCACAGGCUGCGGAUAAAUCCCUGUGAGUGCAGGAACACGGCUGUGAGCAGAAACGGACCGUCAGCGUCUUGCCCCUGUAGUCAGCCCCGGCGUGAUGCUCCUCAUCCCACUGCCAGCCUGGCUGGCCCUGGGCAUCCUGCAGCUGCCCCUCGGCAGCUCCCAGGAAUGCCUGAACCGGCAGCAGGCGCUCAGCGUGGUGCAGCAGAUGCAGAAGCUGCUGGUGGCACAGGAGGCCGCCCACCUGCAGGGCACCCGUGGGCUCCGGCACCAGCUUUCCAUCCUCCAGAGCCACCUCCAGAGACCAGCCACCAAAAGCAACGGUAAUCCUGGCUGGUCACCACCAUGGGUGACAUCCCAUGGGGCCAGCUCUGAGCCCUGGCCCCACACAAACAGCCUGGGCAAGGGACCCCCAGCUCCCUGUCAGGCUGGGGUUGGCUGCAGGUUGGCAGUGCCCAUCCCCACCCGUGUCUGUCUGUCCACAGAGAUGUGUCCGCAGCUGGCAGUGCCCCUGAAUGGACGGAUGCUGGGCCGGAGCCUGCGGGUGGGCCACGAGGUUCACUUCAUCUGCGACGCCGGCUUCCGGCUGGUGGGCUCGGAGACACGCGCCUGCCGGCACAACCGCACCUGGAGCGGCACCCAACCCUUCUGCAGAAGUAUUGAUGACUGCUCCAGCAACCCGUGUGCCAACAGCGGGACCUGCGUGGAUGGCAACCAGAGCUACACGUGCCUCUGCCCCCCAGGCUGGUCAGGCCCCAGCUGCCAGAGCCCCAUCUACUCCUACUGGGUGACACUGAGCAACACCUCCUUCAGCCGCCAGCCCCGCUGUGCCGAGGGCCGCUCGGGCUCCCGGCGCUGCAGCUGUGACAGCGGGUUCCAGCUGCAACCUGGUGGUGUGUGCCAAGAUGUGGAUGAAUGCCAGCUCUACCAGUCCAGCCCCGAGACACAGAUUUGCCUCCAUGACUGCCUCAACCUCCCUGGCUCCUACCGCUGCCUCUGCCCCCCUGGGUACCUGCUCCAUGCCGACCGCAAUGCCUGUGAGGACGUGAAUGAGUGCGCUGGGAAGCAGCACAACUGCAGCCAGGGUGACCUCUGCAUCAACACCUUCGGGGGCCACCGCUGCGUGCGCCCCAAGUGCCCCCCGCCACGCCACAACACCAGCUAUGUCAAGACCUCUGCUUUCCAGUGCGAGAGGAACCCGUGCCCCAUGGACAGCCGAGCCUGCCACCUGGCUGCCAGCUCCAUCUCCUUCCACUACCUGCCGCUCCAGGCCAACCGCACUGUGCCCCGAGUCCUCUUCAAGAUGUCCACCACCCGCUUCGUGGGGGACAGCCUGCGCUUUGCCAUCACGGGCGGACGGGGCCAGGGCGUCUUCGCCGUGCGGCGCUCGGACCGGCAGACGGGAGAGCUGCUGCUCACCAGCCCCGUGGCGGGGCCAGCCACGCUGGAGGUGGAGCUGGAGAUGAGCGAGUUCUCCCACAAAGUCCUCCUGGGCAAGCACAUCUUCAAGGUCACAGCCUUUGUGUCCCCGUAUGUGUUUUGAUUCCCUUUGGAGGCAGGUGUGGGGCCAUGCCAGGGCCUCUCCUGGGGAGGAAUGGAGCAGGUUCAGCUCAGUGGUCCCAGUUUUUGUCCCAUUGGACAUAAUGGGACAAAAAUCCCUCUGCCAUAAUGCUUUCUAAUAGCCAUCACAGCAAAAACUGGGUCCCUAUAGGAAAAACCCCAUGGCCAAUGGAAGGACUGGCCUGCCUCUGCCAGGCCCCUUCCUCUCUGCCCACAUGGCACACAGAGGGGAAAGACAGAGUGAGCCAACAGCACUUGGCAUGCAGAUUCAGCUUCUUGCAUCUUGUAAUCUCUAAUAAAAGAAAAGUGGCUGUA